UUGCAGCGCAAAGCACUGCCGCGAGGAAUCAGGUGAACGUCGACCAGACGGGAGAAUUCGCGAGCUCCGGAAUUGCCCAUAAUGGCAAAAAACUCGAGGCACGUCGCGGAGAAGUGCAUUUCCGGGGACGUGCAUUUUUCGAGCGGUCAGAAAGAGGUUAGGCCUCGCUAGAGGCGGGUGGCCGGCUCUCGGAGACGUUUUCCGAGACGGACGGGAAGAGCGCAGCGCACUGUCGUUAGCGGGAGCAAUUUUUCAUGGGAUUCCAGUAGAAAUAGUCGACGACUAUUUCCUUGACGAGUAGAGUCGUCAGCGAGACGGUGCCCGGUGCCUCCACAACUCCGUCUGGCUGCAGCGGUGAUACGUAAACAAUCACCAUGGCGAAGGAAAUGAUGAUAGUUUUUGUCUAUGACACGGCAAGGUGUCGUAAAGAGGAGGAUGACCCUGCCGAGGCGGUCGUGUACUUUCAUCCAGCUUGGGUGUCUCCGACACAGAGAUUGGCUCUUGCGGGUCAACUAAUGGGAGUCAACCAGUUUCUCACCACGUCGUUUUCUCCUCCAUCCACAAUUUCCCUGCAAGGCGGUAAAUUUGUUAUGAAGAAGUUCGGACAGUUCAUGCUCGCAGUUGGGACGGACAGAAAUAUCCAGGAUUGGAUUCUGCUGAGGAGAAUGAACACAUUGGAGUCGAUAUUGAAGUUUUUCCACUGCGACUUGGAAACAGUAUCGGCAUCUCUGAACAACGACAGAAACAGAUUAACUGAAAAGCUAUAUCAAAUGUUUGAGACUUACUUGCCCAUACUGCAAUAUAGUGCCGGUUUAUUUUCAAGCAUCCCCAACAUGAAACUCCCAAAGAGUGCGAGCAACAUAUUCCUGGAGGCUAUUCAAGUUUUACAAUAUUGCCAAGGAACCAAUGGUAUUAUGGCUGGAGCAAUGUUUUACAACAAUAAAGUCGUUGCUACACAGUUGAGUGCUGACUUAACGAAACAGUUAGUAAUAGCCGAUCCAUAUCGAAUAAAGGUACCUGCAGAGAGAAUAUCAACUGAAUUCCAUCUACCCAUCGGUGUCCAGCUACUGCGUGUCUACAUCCAGCGAAGUCAACUCUUAGAGCUGACACGAGUAGCAAAUACCGAGCGUGCGCACAGUUCUCACCUUGAUUUAACAAAGAAAGUACCGUUCAAAAAGAGCUUAUCGAAGAGUGGCAUCAAGGACCUGCCUGUCUCGGGAAUGAAGCGCGACACUUCGCGGAUAUUCACAGUCCCCGAAGAAGGAGAACUGGAGUCGACACAGUGCAGUAUAGUUCCUCCUGUUUUUCAACCAAGUGCAGUUUACGUGCCCCCAGUGAAACGAAAGCAGGAAACCAAGGUGGACCAUCCCAAAUAUACAAACCCACCCACUCCGAGUGUAUGUUCGACUCCGUUGAAGGACAUCAAUCGGGUCCUUCAUGACACAGCAGUGUCAAUUUGCAGCACUGCGGAGGAAAUCGACAGAAAGAAUGCAGAGAAGGGCAAGGAGGAGCUGAAGGAAAAUAUAGACGACAUUCCAGACGUCGUUAAGGAGGCUCUCAGGUACAAACGAAUAAACAAACUGAGAAACGCUCCUCCGAAGGAGCGACAAAUUAGAUACAAGGAGUCGGACAAGAGGAGCCUAAGCACAUCAGACCUGGAGGAAUCCAUUCGAAAGUACUCCAACAGAGUGACACUCAGAUAUUAUUGUCUAGGACUUCCGAAAUUGAACGACGAUCUGUGCACCGAUUAUGGCCCGGACUCGAUUAAGCCUAAACAUCGAAAGCAGUUUUUUAAUACCAUCACUGACCCAUACUAUCCAGUGUUUCGAUACGAUGGUCUCCCUGUGUCUCGGUCCUUGUACGAUAAUUAUAUCGCGUCACAGUAUCAGGAAGUGACAGAUGAAAGCGAGGAAAGUGUCAAGUCACCAAUGACUAAUAGCUAUAAAAGUUUACAUACUGCUAAUGUGAUAAAUGAUGCGUCUGGUAUCAGCGAAGGGUCAGUCGAAGCUUCUAAAGAUUCUUCUUUCCUGGACCAGAAGGUUAAGGCUCCAUUGGACUUCAGAUUGGAGAACAAAGUCAAGCAGGAGACGUACAGGAGGUCCAUGAGUCUCCCUUUGAAGUCUCUGAAUGCCCCGGAGGAUGAUGACAGGCGAAAGUCUACUUCGGAGUGUGACAGUGUUUUCAAUCUGCCACCGAGGAGGAAACUGGACGGUCUGCAGUUGACACCUCUGAUGUCUAAGCUCAGUCUUCUGGCGGAUGAGAGAACCAGUGGAUUUUGUAGCAGGGAAACUACCCCGAGCGAGUUUAGAGAUUUCUCUGGCUUCUCUGCUGGAACCAACCAGCUGAUAAAGAGCAAACUCGAAGCUGUCAGCAAGGAAGCUGGGAGUGACGGAGAGGACGACCUCGACGAGGACUGGGUGACAUCCGCCGAAGAAGACAGCUGUUUACAGAAGGUUGAAUUGUUUCUUUGCGGACACCAAAAUAUGGUCCUUGUUUUGCUGAUGGAAGAUGGCACUGGGAAUAAUCCGGAUCUGAUACAUUCAUUGUGGGAAACCUGUGUGAACACUUUGGGCAGUCUGGAAUUGAGGCUGCAACAGACUUUGGAGCCUCAGCCUGCGACGGAUAACAAGGAACUGUACAGUGUACUCUGUGUCGAUCCACAAUGGGACACCGUACAUAGAUCAGGGUUGUGGGGUGUGACGGAGCUGGAAAUCAUCUCCUCGCUGCAUGACAAGUUCUCACGUUCCUGCAAUCUCACUGAUAUUGUGGUCAGAACGGAAGACACGGUCGUUUAUGGUAACCAGAGUGGAAAAGUCGAGGUAUUCUACCAACAAGCCGUGGCACCAAAUGCAGUCGGAGGACUUCCAACUCCUGCGGACUUAAUGGGAGUUGUACCCUUAAAGGCUAAACGCAGACUGGAGAGGGAUCAUGGAAUCAUAUUGCUGUAAAACUCGGUAACGUAGGCUCGUUCUAUUUAAGGUGAUAUGAAAUUGUUCUGCGAAGCGUCAAAAUAUUUACAAAACUUUUCUCCGAGCUGGGUGUACCGAAUAAUCUGAUUAUAUUAUCACUCGAGUAUCCAAAAUGAGUAUAGUUGAAAAGGGUAUAGAUAAAUUAUGUUUUAUCGGCAUCAAUUGAAUUUUAUAGCACUUUUCAUUUCACCUUAAAUGCAACUGUCCUUUUCUAUAUAAAGGCAGUUCGAUAACAUUGACAACAGGUAUUUGUCCGUUUGUCUGUAUAAUGAGAAAGAGGACUUUUACAAGGUAUGGAGACGCAAAACAGCGUCCAGCCAUUUUAAUCGCGAUUCGAUAUUAGAUAUUUUAGCAAGUGAUCUCUAUUGACAUCCCUUUAGGGCGAUACGAUCUAACAUUUCCGCUUUGCUAUUUAACAGUGUAUAAGUAAUCGGUGGAUAAUGGGUACAUGGUCAAUGUUGGGUAACGACACGAGCCUACACGCAUUGGUCUUUUAUAUCGUUAUUUUUUAUAAUGAAACGUAUUAAUCAUGGAUACAUAUGUGUGUCUGUACAUAACUGCGAGUUAAGGUAUAGUUAAUUUCAUCGAUAAGACAGUUUGGCUACAUGGAUUUUCACUUUUUCACAAAUUGCGCACCUGAUUGUUGGAUGUACGUGGACAGUUUUCGCGUAUUCGGAAUAGCUAAUUGUUAAAUAUAUUAUUCAGUGGCGUCGUGAAUAAUUAUGUAAUUACAUUACGCUGCGUCACUUUGUCUUGACCGUGAGACAGGAUUUAUUUAUUUGUUGUUGUACUUUGUUGUCGAGAAUUUUCGUUAUCGUGGAUCCAAGUGUUUUGUAAAUAUUUUCGUGAUGGCGUGUCUACGAUUUGAAUCGUUUAAAUAGUUAAGGAGUUACGUUUGAGCGUGUAGAAUAGAAAAUGCUCUUGUACGAGUCUACGUGUCGAGGAACCAAAAUCACGUCUUGAUAUCAGCAAUUCCUUUAAGUGCAGACCGAAGAUCUGAACAUUAACGAAGAGUAAUAUCUUUAAAGCAAUAGUGGCACCUUCGAAUCUAGAAGUUCCCCUAUUUUGUAAGACUUUUCUGACAAGCGAGAGGUGAAAGAUCUACAUGGGAUAUUUAAGCAACUUCGUCACAUUCCUGUUGGCUUUAUAAUUGUCAAGCUUAGUAUUUUACACGGGCCAGGAUUCCAUCGCCUAACGAUUGCAGUCGAUAGUCCUUUAGCAAGCAUGUGUACAUGAGACUAGUAAUUUAUUCGUCCAGAUUCUGUCCUUAGUGCCAACGGCAGCUUUGCUUAGCGUACCGCAUAUACCGAUACGUCUUUAUAAUUCAAUUAAUUCAGGAUGUACCUUGUACGCAAACGUUGACGACGACGUCGAUGUUUUAUCAGAGUGCACGCAACGUAACAUAUCACGUUUUCUAAAGGGAACCCGAUGCCACUCGUAUUUUUGUUAAGUUUGACUAAUCGUCGUUCCGUGGGGAAGUAUUUUGUACGAGUACGUGCAGUAUUAAGAAACAUAUUUAAAAUACGAAUGCUAAAGAUGCGAGAGUCUGUAGCACUUGUGUACAAAGUGUAACCGAUGUUACCAUUCAACUUCUCCGGCUCACAGUUAAAAACUGUACACGAACUUAACCUAACCUUUACACAUGGCAAGAGGAAUAAACAUAAGGAUGUUUUGUAAAGAAAUUGUACUGGUUACAAGCGGUUACAAGCCGUCGUUUCGUUGCAACUUCGAAUUUAGACGUUUUGAGGCACUUUUUUUUAGAGAAUUGUUCGGAAUUACUCGAAAUUAGAGCCGUAGAAGCAUGAUUUAUACGGUACGAUAAAAAGGCAGCGAUUAGAGCGCUAACUAGUGCUUUCCCUGUUUAUUAUUAGACAUUGUACUUCGGUAGGGUCUUUAGUAUUCCGAGUAAAAGCGUAGGAACGUGUUUUGCAACUAAUAGCGAUAAUAAAGUAACCGAAUACAAUCAAGCCAGAAA